CAAAAACUACGUGGUUUACUUGCAGUACACGUGCUCGUUGCAACACGUAUCUAUUCUUUCGCAGCAAGAACGUAUUUACAGUUACAAGAACAAGGGGAAGAGCACAGAGCGCCGUCACUUCUCCAUCACAGUCGAUUCUUUCUACUAUCAACUCACGUCACAGCGUCUUUUUUUUCCCGGGAACAUAAUAUUAAUUCUCAAGAACAAUCUGAAGUGGACAUCUAGCUUACGAGAAUAAAACCAAAGAUGACGACUCGCAAGCCGGGCGUCCCCCUGCUGCCGGGGUACAGCAUCAACCACCCCAUGCCGGUGAAGGGCGAGGAGCGACGGGCGAAGCCGCAGAAGCUCUGCUACUUCAAAAACACCAUGUACGAUUUCCCGAUUCCACAGCACGAGCCGGAAUACAACGCAGAGGAAGCGAAGGAGCUCUGCUCCACCAUGGAGAAGGCGGACUGGAGGUACUUAAAGAUUGCAGUUACUUAUGUAAUAUGGCAAGUGCGAGUUCUUUUAAGCAGAAAAUUUGUAUAUGCGAAGAUUUUUGCUAAACCACACGAUAGUACACAAAACAAAACACGAACAGGUUCACCGAUGAAAUGAAGGCUCGGGAAUUUAUCAAGUACACACCAGAGGAACUUCAGGCGAUCCGAAGAGCAGAAGCCGUUCCAUCGAAUGGGCCAGCAUGGUAUCUAUUUCUAUUCUUUACUGCGCACUUUGUUUCCGUCUUUCUCUUUAUGGAUCAAAAACCUAGGACUGUACUUACGUGUUGUUGCAGGAUGCAGAUGCUUUUUGGGAGGAAAAUUGGAGCAGUAGACGGGACAAAAUAGAUUGUAUUCGUAAAGAAUCAACUAUCGACAACGCAGGAUCAAGCACGACAAGCAAGUUAUGGAACUGUCAGGAUUGAAAUCGUCAAAGUUGAAAUAGUUUGUAAUGCAUAAAACCGAUACCAGUUGGAAGCCCAAUUUCCAAGCGGUGCAUGACAACUUUUGGCGCCGUAUAAAUCCAGUUUGUCAUGCUGUUUAGGGACGGAAGGAGUCUUUUGCCAUGCUACUUUAGCAGCUCUAUCGCAGACCCCAAACAGGCUCACAAUCGGUCUCAUGUGCAAUCCCUGCAAGACAGGCACUUCAUGCCUUGCAAUUUCUGCAUGAGAAAUUAUUUCAACUUUGAGGAUUUCAAUCUUGACGCUUCCAUACAAGUGUGCCGAUUCUUCGCCUACACGCAGGAGUCCGUAACGGAGUCAAACUACGAAAAUAUCCUGUGCAAAAGUAUCGUACUCGUACUAAUUGAAAUCAUGCAUGACAAGUCUUGUUUCUUAGCGAAAUCAGCAUUACAAAUUCCAUUUUUCCUUCUGGAAAAAUUUGUAUUGCGAUUUCUACUAGUACGAUACUUUUGCAAUGCAUAGAAAACGCACGGGUGCGAUUUGUCACCAUUAUGUACUUUUUGGAAGACGGCACCAUGCAGCUGACCGAGUCAAAAGUCCAGAACGCCGGGCUCAUGGGUGGCGCUUUACUCACGAGACACUGCAUCAUGCGGGCGGACGGAUCAGGGACUCUUGGUACAGAGAUGUUUCUGUUUGACUGUACUAGCAGAGUGUUUCCAUAAUGUCAUGCGCAGCUGCGAAUCCGCACAUUUUGAUUUUCGUUUUACUUCAUGGGAUCAUCAUUCGUGCAAAGGGCGAGAAACCAAACCGAAACUGCAACACAUGAACUCCAGGCCUCGACGACUUGAAGUGCGGGCAGAACCUCGAAAUUUACUCCCGCGUCUAUCGUAUUGUCGCGUGCGACGCCUUUACCCGGUGGUACUACGAGAAGAACGGCAUUGACGCCGGCCAGGAGGAGGAUGUCCCAGAGGACUUCUUCACCGCCAUGAAGCGAACAGCCAAAGAGCACGAGGAGAAGCCCACCUACACCGAGGUGGUGGAGGGACAAAUUUACAACGAGAAGGUACGUAGUAUACUGUACAACUUUGAUUUUCAUCAUUUUUGCACGCAGUUUGCGAAGUAGAUGCGUGAUAGAGCCAGCGGUGUCUUGCCGCUUUUGGUAAAUUACCAAGAAGUGUUCAAAAAAAUUUGUAAAAAGACUACGUUCAUUAUCAUUCCAUCAACAUCGAAUCAUCAGGCUAUCGGCGGCAACCGUGGCACCAACAACAAGCUGGAACAGUUUCUUAAGAACGACCUCCGAGUGUUGCGCUUUUACUGCUACUGGGACGACAAGACGGUGUACGGGUGCAGGACGUACUACACACUCUCCUUCUUCCUCGCCGAUAACAACAUCCAGAUUGCGGACAACCACAUUAGAAAUUCCGGUCGGGACCCCUAUCCGGUGUUCUUCAAGAAAGGUAUUGUUAGAAUGUGUUUUUUUUUUCUAUUCGUGUUCUUGCUGCAUUCAGGUGGAUAGGUCGCCAAAGUUGUCCCCAUUGACUUGUUAACCAUCACUACUUCUUGUUGCGCUAGCAUCUGGUUUUCGCAUGCUCACGAUCCUGGUUGUACGAUUUCCUUUUCCACGUUGUUUCCUGACAACAAAAAAUAAGGUCCGCUCAAGAAGGAGCCUCUGUACAAGAUCCUGCCGGGUAUGUUGGAGCCAAAACCAGAGGUCUACCUCCCGAUUGACUUGGAGGUUGGCGGCAGUCUUUCGGUCUUCGGCCGGGAACUGCAAAUUUACGACUGCGAUCCCUUCACCAAGGAGUUCUACAAGACAUGGUAUAAAUUUACACAUUACCAGAUAAACAUGGAUAUAAGACUUUUACUUGCUCUGUCAUGGCAAACAAGCAAGGACAAACCAGUGGAGAUUUAUCAUGCUUUUCUGAUACUAGUACUACCUAGAGAAAAAAUUGUGAUGCGAAGGGCAGCCUUGUUGUAUUUCCUUGUAUGCCCUGGCCCUCUAUCGCAUGACAAACACAAAAAUAAAAACUAGGUACAACAAGGACUUCACGGCGAUUACCAUUCCAGAGCCGAAGAGCUACGCCAUGCCAAUGCCUAUUCCACCGCACGUGGGCGUCGGCACGGAGGAAGACAGUCUCGGAAGUACUGAACUUGUUUUUAUUAAGUGCGGCUCGUGGUUCUUCUCUAUAAUGACAAAAACACUUUUAAUACCCCCGCCACAUACUGCUAUUAGAACUCAAAAUCAUUUGUGACCUCGUCAACGCAACUCUACUACCCUAUCGUCCCCAGGUUGCCUUACUUUGAUGCCGAAGCCGCCAAAGCAGGACUUGCGCAAGAUGAUGACCAAGGCCGCGAUGAUCCUGCGCUUCGAAGCCGAAAUCGCCAACCCGGUGUACCCAGAAGAUACCGACAGGAAAUUCAUUAUCGCCUACUACCUCGGCACGGACACCAUGGCCUGCUACGAAAUGAAGCGAAGAAAUUCCGGGUUCAUGGAGGGCAAGUUCGCGCAGAGGGAGAGAAAGAGGAACCCGAAGACGGGCACUUGGUAUCUAUCAAUCGAUUUCUUGUUUGCUGGGUUCGUCGCGGUGUUUCAUGCUGUUCGCAGCGGCUGAGAACUUUCCGAAUGCAUGGUUGCAGGAGGUACCUAUGGGUUGUAGUGCUAAAAUUCUAUUGGUCAUCAUGAUUUGCUGAGAUACAUAAUUUUUCUAAUCGUUAUCAGGUACAAGUCUACGGAUUUCUUCGUCGGCAACAUGAUCACCGUUUCAUCCGUCGAAUUCCGCCUGCUCCGACCGGACGAGUACUCUCUCGCCUACAUGGAACAGCACCCGGAAGAGUAUAAAAAUAGACAACUGCUUGUUUCCUAUAGUGAUAGUCGUGUUAUUGCAUGGCAAAUGGUCUUCACCAAACUUUAGCGCGCCCAAUCAUGUAUGCGGACGAUGCAUGAUAGCAGAUGCUGAUUGUACUCAUGCGCCUCCCGACACCAGCACGUAACAACUAAACAACUCUACAACUCGCAGCUUCCCGUACGCCGACGUGACGCGUGUGGCGGCCCGGCUGAAAGCCUACCUCGAAAAGGAAGGCCUCGGGCUCGAGGGGUGCUACUCGCCGGAUGACCUGCAAAAGAUGGGCUGCCUGGUGGACCAGGAAAUUAUCACGCUGCUGCGCAAGUACUGCACCCCGGAGUCGACGGACAUCGACAUGAAGCUGCUCUUUGCCUAAACUGAUUCUGCUGCUCGCACUACAGUUCCGGUUGGUCUCACUGUUCCGCGCGGUGAAAUUUUGUUACAUGAGUUUCAACCGAUAGAAGCAGGAAAAACUACUGUAUCAAACUUCUUGUUAACAAGCAACGUCGACAAGAUGCGAGUCCACGUUCUUGCAGCAAAUCUCCGGCCGAGAUGAAAUAGCAUCAUGUAGAAAGAACUUUUCGAACUGAAGAUUUGUGGUUUUUGCCUUCCAAAUUGAAUAGCAAAAGUACAGGAGCGUGAGAAACUAGAAAACACUUCCAGCGUGAAGAAAAAUAGCACAACUUUCACUGCAAAGAGGGUCCUUGUGAAAACAGAAAAGCCUCCUUCAGAUUGGCUUCAUCAGACGAGCAGGAGAAUUCAGACUUUUAUUGGAAGAGAAAUCAGACUUUGCUAGAUAUCAGACAUUAUAUAGCAGGAGAAACCUAUCAGGUGAUAGCAGUUAAAGUUAAUCAGACAAAAUAAAUCAGACCUUAUUCUUUAUCGUUAUAACAUCCAAUCGCAAAUCGAAUCGCCAGAUGAUAUGGCACCAUCGUCCGCAGAGUUUUAGAGAUAGAACAAGUUCAGAAGCGUGUUAAAAAUUUUCAUUAUGCAAAUGCUUUGUACAGUAACAAAUAAAUCUACUAUUAUGUUUUCACCAUCCUACACCCCCUAGGUUAAAGCGAAGAAAGGUUGAAUUGUGAACUAAGAGUUUGCUAUUGUUUUGUCAUCUGCUUAUCCAGCAGUAUUAGCCGAGCAGAACUAAGACAACACAAAAUGCAUCACAACGCGCAAGAGUUUCGAUUCACUUUGUUUCGAACUGGUUCACAACCAAAACCUCUACUUUGUCGGGGUACAGAACUAAUAUCCGUUUCAUCAGAUAAACAUUAGCAAUAGGAAAUUGUCACAAGAUUCAGAUUUGUAUGAGAAUACAGCUUUAGAAAGAUCAUGGGUUAUCCAAACGAGCUCGAGGUCGUUGCAAAGGACGAAAUAGAACGUGUGAUGAACAAAAAAUGUGCGACAUUUAUACACUAGUUGCAAC